GUUUGUUUUCUGUUUGCUUUCUCUGAUCUUAAUUAUUUUGUUUAUUAUUUUCCUUAAUUUUUCAACAAAAACUGCCAGCCACAUGCUGCGUUUCUUUCAGUAAUGGCGAAUCAGGAAAUCAGUUUAAAAUGGAACGGGUAUCAAAACAACAUUUUGACGAAUGUAAAGGGCUUGUUUGAGGACGAGGGGCUGUCGGAUGUAACAUUGGUUUCCGAGGGGUGUAGCUUCAAGGCUCACAAAGUUAUAUUGUCAGCGAACAGUUCAGUGUUCAAGACAAUUUUCCAGCAAAACCCCCACAAGGAUCCUAUAAUAGUGCUUCAUGACAUCAAUACGGCGUCUCUGCGAACGUUGCUGACGUUUAUGUACAAUGGGGAGGUGAAUGUGACCGAGGAGUUCCUGCCCGUGUUGUUAAAGACCGCGGAGGCGUUGAGGAUCUGUGGUUUAUCGACGGGAACCGAAAACGCACGAGACGAUGAGAAACCGGCUAGUACAACAACUACACAACCAGCUAAAAAACGCAAGAAAAGCGAAAAUGAAGAUAACAACAACAAAAUUAAGAAAACUGCCCCGACACCUCCUAAACCUGAUACUGGCACCAACCUUACUACCACAGAUUCCUUCAAAAAUAAUAACAUAGUGCCAAAGCUCGAGCCUAUUGAUUCACCCUUAACCGAUUACUCCGGAGAGAAUACCAAUGACACAGACAUCGCCCUCCUAGAUGAUGAGAAAAAAUACUCAACGAGCCCUGAAAGUUUCUCAAGCAAAUCAACCACCGCUUCAGGAAUUAAAAAAUGGAUCAACGAAGUCAGCAGCACUCAACCUUGUCUUAAUAUUAACGAAAAAGCCAUAGACAAUAUUGAUGAUGAUAAGGAAAGCAUUGAGAUAGACAAGGAGGUUGAGACAGUCUUGCAGAGUGGCACUAUCGUUGAAUCUCUUAGCAUUACAACGGAGAACUUGAAUGCUGUGUCUAGUGAGGCGCAGAAUUGUAAAGAUAAAAACACAUGUUAUGCCAACCCGUUGUUUCCGUGCCCGUUUUGUCCCCGCGUGUACAACAGUUGGGGGUACAGAAGGAGACACGUCAAGUCCCGACAUAUGACGAACAGAUUGUCCUGCAAAUGGUGCGUCUCCAUUCUCUCGUCGACCGGUGCGUGGUACUCCCACGCCACCCGCGCACACGGCGUGCCCCACGAAGAGGCACGGAACUCUCUAGUAGUGAUGGUAGAAGCGCACGCUGUACUGACCUUGAAUGAACCCAGUGUGGCCCAGUUGCUGGGCCAAGUGGGGAUGGGAGAUGGGAAUACGGAAAAGGCUGCUUAACAAACCUUAAGGUAGGAUUUUUGAGUCUUUUUGGGCAGGGGGUCGACUUAGGUGGUUAGCAAAGAACGGCAUUGGAACACAUUUUCGGCAUUUUUAUCUAAAUGAAUCCAAAUAAUUUACUAUUGUUG